AUGGCCACAACCAUUCGGAAUGUGGCACUUCUUGGUGCUACUGGUGCCUUAGGGACACAUAUUCGUAGUGCACUAACGAAGGCAGGCUUCGUAGUAACAGCCAUCCAACGCAAGGAUUCUACCAAUCCUGUUCCUUCAGGGGUAAAGAGCAUUAAGGUCGAACUAUCUAAUAAAGAUGACUUGACAUCUGCUUUCAAAGGGCAGGAUGCUGUAGUCAGUGCCGUUCCAAAUCCCGCUCUCGCAACGGAGAGCGUUAUGAUUGACGCUGCCAUUGCGGCCGCUGUAAAACGGAUCAUCCCAUCAGAGUACAGCACCAACCUAGAGACCCCGCUAUCACGACAGCUACCCAUAGUUAAAGAUAAGGUCGAAGUCCGCGAGUACUUGCAAUCUGCUAUUGCGAAUAACGGCACUUCUACAACCUGGUCUUCUGUGAAUAAUGGCCCGUUCUUCGAGAUGUGCCUUAAAGUAGGUGCAUUGGGUCCCAAUAUCAAAGAGAAAAGGGCGAUUUUUCAUAAUGGCGGUAACCAUUUGAUCGGAACUUCAACACUCCCUGAUAUUGCUGCAGCGAUAGUCAAGAUUCUUGACCCUACACACCUAGAUGAAACUGCGAACAAGCCAGUUUAUAUUUAUUCGGCCGCCAUUAGUGAGCGUCUUCUCACAAAGCUGGCAUCUGAUGUUACAGGCAUUGAUUUCGGUGACGUGGAGAGCGGAAAGAUCACAGAUCUUGACAUUGAUAACAUGGUUGCUGAAGCCAAUGAGAAGCUAGCAAAGGGCGAUAGAUCUGGAUGGUUUAGUUACUACUAUCAAAUGAUGUACGGAAAGGGGUAUGGAGGUGAAGAUUUCGAAAAGUUGUCUUGGAAUGAACGACUGGGGCUAAGGACUAUGGACGAGGCAGAUAUAAAGGCGCUGAUCCGGAGUAUCGCUCAAGAGUUCGGAGUUCCAGUAGGUUCAAACACCAAUACCUAG